AUGCAAAAAAUUCUGGAUUGGCUUGCGUCGCCCUUUGGGGGUGGAGAUAACAAUAAACAACCACUGCCCGUUCUUAGUAAUUCGCAAUUGCUUGUUCCUUCUAAUAGAUCAACGCAUUAUUGUAAAACUCAUGAAUAUGGUGUUCCCAAAGUACUGAGUUCGCACGAUUUGAGUACCCUCACCUCUUUGGGUGAUAAAAAGCGUAAUUAUGACGAUUUGUUGAAAGAUUAUGUUGUUGUGGAACAGCUUCGUGAUGGUAGUACUGCUGAAGUUUUUCUUGCUAAACAUGUUGUGUCUGGUUCCCUCGUGAUAAUCAAGGAACAACUUCUCAAAAAUCGGGAAGUUAGUUCGAUUUAUAAAGAGGCAAUUAUGCACAGUCGUUGCGAGUUCAGUAGUGUGGUGAAAUUCGUUGCCACUGCUGCCAAUCAAACAGCAAUGGUUAUUUUACAGGAAUACUGCUCUGGUGGUGAACUGUACGAUGCUAUUGUGCCAGAUGUUGGCCUGCCGGUCCAACAAGCAGAAAGUUACCUGCUACAGCUGAUCAAUUCGGUCAUUGACAUGCACUCAGCAAAUGUCGUACAUCGUGAUCUCAAACCUGAGAAUAUCAUCCUUGAUGAAAGUAAAAGCAAUCUGAAGGUCAUAGACUUUGGGUUAUCUGACGAUGCCCGGAGGAAGCGCGUACGCAGACAUGUAGGUACUGUUCCCUACAUGGCACCUGAACUGAUGGCUAAUUCCAGUCAGAAAUAUAUUAGCACAGACUUGUGCAAGACUGAUGUGUGGUCGCUUGGUAUUACUUUCUUUUGCAUGCUGACUGGUACAUUUCCGUGGGCUCAAGCGGACAAGUCUUGUGCCCAAUAUAGAAGAUUCCGCCGAGGAGAUUUUAGCCGUAAACCGUGGAAAAACCUCCUGCCGACUCAUCUGACAUUGCUGCGUCAUAUGUUGGCCGAGAACCCAAGCGAGAGGUGGGAUGCGCAAGCGAUCAAGGAAUAUAUUAUAGCCCAUUGGGUCAUUGUAGAGAGUGAAGAUGAAGGUCUGGUGAUUGAUAGACAUGGCGACUCUAAAUUAAAAAAUUCGGCGGAUAGUGGGUUCGAAUCUGAGUCAACCGACGAGAUGGAAGUUCGUGCCCCCCCACACGAGGACGACCCUGUCUUGACGGAAGACUGGUGAUCUGAUGCCAAAAUGACAGAAUGCUGGAAUCGAAGCGAUACCUAGAGUGAUAUUAAUUAUGCAGAAGAGCACUGCCACAACCCAAACAAAUACCUCCGCAUCACAAACUAGACACUGAAGCCGGGAAUGUCGACGCGCGUCGCCCGGUUUAAGUAGAUCAAUAAAUUUC